CAAUCAUGGAAUCUCUUGUGAAUAUCAUCAAUAACGGCAGCUUCCCCUCCCUCGACGAUGCAUCUCUUAUCCAGCUGUUAUAUCAGGCCUUUGCCUCGGAAAUCGACCGCCUGAAGCGUGUCCCUCCCCGCCAUGAAGGAGACGGCUCGCCGCCCCGAGGCUCUCUGGGUGCCGAGGGGCUGACCCCAUCGCGUCUCCUGUUUGGAGAGGACUUUUGUGAGGUCAACCGCAGCAUCACCAACAUUCUUGCAGUUCGCUGGGUGCUGGCCGAUCAAUAUGAUGCCCUGACACUCGGUCAAUCCCCCACGCUCAGGCUCUCCCGGGACACCUUUUGCGCGUUUCAGGCCUAUGCACAGCCCAUCCUGGCCCACCCCGAGCAGUGUCUGGCGUUGGUGGUGGCUCUUAUUGUCGGCGACAUGGGAAAAGACCCCCAGAUGGAAGACGACGUGGCAGCAAAGAGAGAAGGAAAAGAACCAGGGAAUCGCAACCACGACGAGCUCCUUGCCCACGCCGUCGCCGUCGGUCUCCUCGACGCCCCCUUGGGAAUCCUACCCGCCCCCCAGCGGCGCGAUGUCAUCCUCGGCAUCGACGUGGGCGCGACCUUGAAUAUCCCACAGUUGAUGCAAGGCGAGAACGUGCCAGGGAGUCUGCAGUGCAUUCUGCGCUUCCAGGACAACCCGUCGGCCUUUCAUCUCAAGUAUCUGGAGAUCCUGUUCGACGUGGCCGGUUCCGCCGCUCAUCUGGACGCCCGCGGCGCCGUCAGCAUGAUCGAGCCAGUCUGUCGCUCCAUCUUACAGGCGUUACCCAUACUGGAGGAGGUGAUUGCCGGCCGCACCUCACUACGCCAGGCGUACGACCAUGUCCUGCAGAACCGUGGCCAGAUGCUCGCAGCCAAGGGCUUCUCGUCGCUUUCCACUGAUAGCCCGUCCGACCGGGCCUUGCUGCGCGUGUUGGCCAUGGGUCGUGUGGCGGAUCCAUUGCUGGCCGAGCAGUUCCAAGACGCCUUCUAUUCUCUGCCUGAUGCGACUCGCAGCGCCCUUGUCCACGGGUUGAAUGCGGAUGGCUGCGAGGAUGAGCCGGCAGUCGUGCUCUACUACAUGCCGUCCGUCUUUGUCGAGGCCCUUCGAGUCCUCCAUGAUGCACAGCGCCAGACCCGACAGACGGCGCUGCACAGUCUGAUGGGCUUCAUGGCUCGGACUCUGCAAGUCUCCCUUGAUGGGGGGGAUUGGAUCGUGGAGCGCGAUGUGUCGCCGGUUAGGGAGAUUGUCGCCAGCCCGGCCUUUUGUCAGGAUCCGCAUAUUCUGGAUGAUUACGUGCUUGAACAAUAGAUGGUAUAUUAUGAUUGUUACCUGAGCAUCUACAAGACGCCUAAUCCUGAUGGAUUUAGUCAACAGGCAAGAGCUAUUAAAUAGGUAUAGAACAUAAUACAAUUUAUCCUUCUCUG